GUUCUUGACACUGUGUCCCCAGAGAGCAGAGGGAUGUAUGGGAUGGGCGGGAUGUGGGACCGAGGCCUGGCACGAGCCCUGUCACUGGGGCCUGGGACACUCGGCCGGCACAGGAGCCUGGGCCACAGUGCAUAUGAUGUGGUGAUUGUUGGUGCCGGCAUUGUGGGGCUUGCAUCAGGGAGACAACUUGUGCUGCGACAUCCAUCCCUCAAAUUUGCCAUCUUAGAAAAAGAGAAAGUAAUCGCUUCCCACCAGAGUGGCCAUAACAGUGGUGUUAUUCACAGUGGCAUAUACUAUACACCCGGGUCCCUGAAGGCCAGACUGUGUGUGCGUGGUGCUGCUCUCCUCUAUAAUUACUGUGACCGCAAGGCAAUUCCAUUUCGGCAAUGUGGAAAGCUGAUUGUUGCUGUGGAAAACCAGGAAGUCCCCAGACUCCAAGAACUGUACAAAAGAGGCUUGCUAAACAAUGUACCUGGGCUGCGUGUGAUUGGUCCUAAGGAGAUUAAGGAGAAGGAACCAUACUGCAGGGGUGUGAUGGCUCUAGAUUCUCCAUACACGGGGAUUGUAAAUUACAAACAAGUGUCACAGGCAUACAUGGACGAUUUCCGAGAUUCUGGUGGUAGCCUCGUGACAGAUUUUGAAGUCUCUAAUAUAGAAAUGGUGAAGGAGGCACCAGCAGGAUCUGGACAUGGAAUGGAUUAUCCAGUAGUAAUCAGAAGCACAAAGGGAGAAGAUGUGUACUGCAAGUAUGUUGUCACAUGUGCUGGCCUUUUCUCGGAUCGCUUGUCACAAGUCAGUGGGUGCAGUCCCGAGCCACGUAUUGUUCCUUUCCGGGGGGAUUACUUGGUGCUAAAACAAGAAAAAUGUUAUCUUGUUAAUGGCAAUAUCUACCCGGUCCCAAACCCACGGUUCCCUUUCCUGGGAGUCCAUUUCACUCCGCGGAUGGAUGGUAGCGUCUGGCUUGGUCCAAAUGCAGUUUUAGCCUUCAAACGAGAGGGAUAUAGGCUGUGUGACUUUAAUGCCAAAGAUUUUACUGAAGCAGUUACAUACAGUGGUCUCCGUAAGCUGGUGCUGAAGAAUUUUACUUUUGGCAUGGCAGAAAUGUAUCGUGCAUGCUUCCUCAGUGCGCAAGUGAAAGAACUACAAAAAUUUGUUCCGGAGCUGUCCGUUCAUGAUAUUCUUAGGGGCCCCUCUGGAGUAAGAGCACAGGCUCUGGAUAAGGAUGGUAAUCUUGUGGAUGACUUUGUAUUUGAUGGAGGUUCGGGUGAAAUUGCUAAUCGUAUAUUACAUGUGAGAAAUGCCCCUUCUCCAGCUGCAACUUCCUCGCUUGCUAUAGCAGAGGUGAUCAGUGCCGAAGUUGAGGAGCGGUUUGGAUUCUGAACAUUUUUUGUAAUGCACUCUCUCCACUGGUAUACAAGCAUACCCUCCAUGAACCUCAAUCUGCCUGUAUUGUGGCUGGGAUUGUACACUAAAAGCUGCAGCGUGCUGUGAAAAUACGUUGCCCUCAGCCUCAGAAGACCCCCAUAUCUGCAGGAAACCCAGAUCUUGCUCACUUGUAGGGCCAUGGGGUUGUGAGGAAUAAUUAUUUGUAUUUGCACUUUUCAUUGUAUCUUGGAAUAUAACAAAAUCUUUAAUACAAAAUCGAGAAUAUUUAUUUAAAAAAAAAAAAAUAGCUUUACAUAGGCAACAUUUCAGUGUAAUUUUUAUGUGUUUGUUUAUGGUGCCUGGGCAAGACUGUGUUUGUUUGUAGACACCUCCUAAAGUGGCUUGUCAUCGCUACUGGACAGGGAAGAUGCAGGUCUCUGCAUGACCUGGUGACAGAUUGCUUCAGGGAUUCUAUAUAGCAUCUUGGCUGAUGGCAAAGGAGCAAGUGAUAUGCCACAGCCUUCAAGAUCUGCCUCAUAUUUUAGUUGGAUGGUUACUGUACCAAGAUAAAUGGAUUAAACAGAGACUCCCAGCUGUCAUUCAGGAUGUAUCUCAACAUAAUUUGAAGAAGAGGGAAAAAAAAUAGAUCUCCCAACGCUGCCAUGUUGAAUUGGGAUACACAAAUAAUUGCUAACUUAAGUAGACGCAAAAGUAUAUAUUUUUAAUCCUAACAUUUUACACUCCAAGCUAGCUUGUAGCUGUCAUACUGCUGCUAAUAACAUUGUUGUUGGGUUUUUUUUGUGUUAAAUGGAUCCCAUGGGGUAGCUAAUAACGUGUAGGAGGCAACUAGCAUUGAGCUUCAGCUUCAGCCUCAAACCAUUCUCCUGAAAAUGAAGAUAGCAGGUGGUGUUUUGGAAUGUUUGUCUGCAUAGUUGUGCAAGAGUAAGGCAGGAAUUGUGUAGGGCCUUUACUAGUCUGUCGCUGUGUGGAUUUGUACAUGGACAGGUGGCCUGUACUCUCAAUGCUCUCUAAGAUAUUUCUGUGGG